CUGAUCUGAGCCCAAUAAGAAAAUCAAAAUGGGCCUUAACAUGAUAUGAUCCAAUACUCAUUUACUGUGAGACUGAGACCUAACAUGAGUUCUUCCGCCACCCUCCAAUUCUUGUAGCGAAAAACGCUCCACGCUCCACGGCCAUGUAUCGUCGCGUUCUCCACCGCAGCCUCUGCACGGCCACACAAUCCGCCACCACCUCCUCCGCCGCAUCAACAACCAGCAUCAAGGCAAUAUCUCAGGACCUGUACAAGGAAUCGAACUUCAGGCUACUCGUGGAGAAGUUCAAGAAGGCCUCCGACCUUGAGCGCUUCCGCAAAAAGACUGGCAUAUACGAGGACACCGUUCGCCGCCUCGCCUCCGCCAAGAGAUUCAGCUGCGUCCGCAACAUCCUCGACCACCAGAAGAAGUACCCGGAGAUCGACAAGGAGGGCUUCUGCUCCCGCAUCAUCACGCUCUAUGGGAAAUCUCGCAUGUACCGCCAUGCCCGCAAGUUGUUCGACGAAAUGCCCCAACGAAACUGCACUCGCACCGUGCUCUCCUUCAACGCCCUCCUCGCCGCGUACCUUCACUCUCGCAAGUUUGACCUCGUCCACACCCUUUUCAAGGAGCUUCCCAAGGAGCUCUCCGUGGAGCCUAACUUGGUGUCCUACAACACCCUCAUCAAGGCUUUAUGCGAAUCUGGUUCUUUCGAUUCAGGGUUGGAGAUGCUUGACGAGAUGGAGAAGAAGGGAGUGAAGCCUGAUUUGAUCACUUUCAACACGCUGCUUGAUGCGUUGUAUGCAAAUGGUCGUUUUGAGGAUGGGGAGAAGCUGUGGGUUUCGAAGCGUGGGAAGGGUAUUGCACCUGAUAUCAGGACCUGCAAUUCGAGGUUGAUGGGGUUGGCUCUGGAGAAGAAAACAAAGGAAGCCGUUGAGUUCAUCGAGGAAAUGAAGAAGGAUGGUGUGAAGCCUGAUGUUUUCAGCUUCAAUGCCUUGAUUAAGGGGUUUGUGAAUGAGGGCAAUUUGGAUGAAGCAAAGAAGUGGUUUGGUGAGAUUGGGAAAUCUGAGUUUGAUCCUCAUAAGGUCACUUAUGCCACACUUGUUCCUUUCCUGUGUGAGAAGGGUGAUUUGAAAACAGCACAUGAGGUGUCUAAGGACAUCUUCAACCAUAGGUUGCGUGUUGAUGGGUCGUUGCUGCAGCUCGUGGUUGAUAAGCUGGUGGCCGAGUCUAUGGUUUCAGAGGCGGAGGAGAUUGUGGAACUAGGGAAAGCAAAUAAGUAUUGCCGCUAUAAGCUAAAUUUGCCUGGACCAGCAGAGGAAAAGAAGAGCGAGUAGAGUAGAGUAGAACCCUUUUGUGUGUGUGUGUGUGUGUGUCUUGUGUCUACCGUUAAUCUUGCACUUUAUUUGAUGUUCUGUCAUAAGUGGUGAAUUUGCCAUUGCCACUAAAAAUGGCUUAAUACGUUUUGUUUAGCAUUCUGAGAUCAGUAAACUGAUUGCUUGAAAAUGGCCUUUGCUGUGCGAUUGCGCUGCUCCUUUUAGGUCCUUAGGUAUUAGCCAUCAAAUGAAUUAUUCAUGCGAACUUGGCCUUAUGAGUAAUUGGUUAUGUCCCAAAGAAUGAAAAUGUCUUCAGUCUCGUGGCU